CUUCACAUUCCCUUGAUAGCACUUUUCAAGUCAGCAUAUCUUACAAAAACCAUUCUGCGGACCUUCUGACUGCUGAGGCUGCACAGAAUUUCUCUGAACACUGGUAUCUCAUCCCGUGGAUAGUUUUUCCCCUACAUCAUGCAAGUUUUUUUAUUGCCAUCAUAUUAGAUCUACAAGGUGCCCAAAAAUGCGGAGUUGGUUUGCAAUAACCAUUAUGAUAUAUGGAAGUGCCAGCCAAAUUCUGGUCAACUAUAAUGAAAAUCAAUGUGUUACCUAUCCUCCUGACCCUGAAGCAAAUAUGAAUGUGACUCAAUUAAUCCGCCACCGAGGGUAUCCCAGUGAAGAAUAUGAGGUGGUCACUGAUGAUGGGUACAUCUUGACUGUCAACAGAAUACCACAUGGCAUUAAGCAUUAUUCUCUAGAGCCUAAACCGGUUGUAUUACUACAGCAUGGUCUGCUUGGGGAUGCCAGCAACUGGAUCACCAACUUUGAAAACAAUAGCCUGGGCUUUGUCCUGGCAGAUGCAGAUUAUGAUGUGUGGAUGGGUAACAGUCGGGGUAAUACGUGGUCUCAGAAGCACAAGACUUUAUCCACUAAGGGCAGUGAAUUCUGGGCUUUUAGUUAUGAUGAAAUGGCAAAGAAAGAUCUUCCUGCAGUUAUUGAUUUUAUUUUACAAAAAACUGGCCAAAAGCAAUUAUAUUACAUUGGUCAUUCACAAGGCACAACUAUAGGAUUCAUUGCAUUUUCCACCAUUCCUCAACUGGCUAAAAAAAUUAAAAUGUUUUUCGGUCUUGCCCCUGUGGCUACUGUUCAACAUCCUAUUGGUCCAAUUGCAGCAUCCAGAUACAUACCAUCUUUUUUAAUUAAGCCAGCGUUCGGUGAUAAAGACUUUAUGCCACAAUCAAGCUGGAUUAAAAUCCUCUCCAAACAUUUUUGCAAUCUUUUUCCACUGGAUGAACUAUGUGGCAACGUCUUCUUCCUCCUGUGUGGGUUUAAUGAACGGAACCUAAACAUGACUCGUGUUCAUGUUUACAUUUCAUACUGUCCUGCUGGAACAUCUGUGCAAAAUAUGAAACAUUGGUUACAGGCUGUCCACACUGGGAAACUACAGGCUUUUGACUGGGGCCGUAAAGGCAAUAUGAUGCACUAUAACCAGAGCACUCCUCCUUUAUAUGAUGUGACGAAGAUGAGCGUCCCCACAGCUCUCUGGAGUGGAGGAAAUGACUGGCUUGCUGACAAGCUAGAUGUUGAGUCAUUGACAUCUAAAAUCAGUCACUUGGUCUUUCAUGAAGAGAUACCAAAUUGGCAGCAUCUAGAUUUCAUAUGGGGUCUUGAUGCUCCCCAAAGGAUGUACAAAAAAAUCCUUCAGCUCCUGGGAAAGUACACGUGAAUGAUCAAUUAGCUAUCUGCCACUGGAAUUAUCAAUAAGAAGAGAAGGAAGGAGAAUGUUCACACAAUGGGUGGCCGUACCUAAAGCAACAGUAAUGACUUGUAAUUAUUAAACAGUAAUAGAUAGCUGGGAAUAACUAGGAAGUCAGAAAGGAGGCUUUCACAUGCCCAAGCUGUGAGAGUCCUGUGUUGAUGCAUUGGCUGGACUAUUCGUUUUAGUACCUUGUAUCCCUCACUAUUUGUGAAAGUUCUAGUGCAAGACAGCAUAAAGGUGCUCCCAGGUUAUUAUUAUUAUUCAUGUAUAUUAGGGUGUUUCAUUUUGAAAGGCAAAAAAAAUAUGUAAAAUUUUUGCAGACUUUGCUUACGCCCCGAGUCUCAGUGAUGUAAAAGAUAUAUAUGCCAAAAUUUGAUGAGUUUUGUAAAAGUAAUUACUUUUAUUGGGAAAACUAGUAAUCACAAACUUAAAAUAUCCAAACUAGACACCAACAUUAAUAGGUAGUAUGAUGGUAAAUAUGUGUUAUAUUAAACAACUUUGAACAAUGCAAUCCUUUCUUUUGUUCGCUUGGUGACAACUUUUCUGUGAUGUUCGACUACCCUCAAAAAGAAUUGUUUUUUGUUGUUCGUCCCUGACCGAUUCGUUAAACUUUAUCAGAACAAUUCCUCUUUCUGCGGUAUCAUUGACCACCUUAACCCCUUAAGGAUCAUGCCCAUUUUGACCUUAAGGACCAGAGCAUAUUUUGCACAUCUGAACAAUAUCACUUUAAAGGGUUACU